AUGGCAGAGUUGAAGCCGGAGCCAGCGCAUAGUAGUCUUUGGUCGAACUAUGGCGGUCCGGUGUCUUUAUCAACUCGAUUCCCCAACACCAUGGAGUCGAAUCUCUCGCACCCUUCGACAGCAUCGUCACAACAUCCAGGAAGGCCCAGAAGCAGCCACCCCACCCUCGACCACCCUUACCCGUACCCUCGAUAUCCGCAGGAGGAAUCGGAUGGAUUUGACAGAUACCCGCAGCCUUCUUUAACGCAACAUCACAGCUUCUCUAGCCUUAAGAGACCGCACCAGCCUGGAGAGCACCCGCCGUAUCAAGAGAUUGUCCAGGACCUGAGGGACGACGGAUCCAAACUUACCGUUAAUCAUGACCACAAGUUGCUGUCUUUUAGGAGAGUUCAAGACAAGCACACCAUUGUUGACCAGCAUGGACGAAUGCAGCAACUCGAACUCUCUGCGCAGCUUCACGGCAUGUUCUUCCUAUCGGAAAUGCCAUCUAGUACGAGCGACGGCGCAAUUCUACAGCCAGAGUUGACAUGUUACCGAAGAAAUUUAUUCCAAAUUAGUGGUUCGCUCAUCACGCCGCGAGGCCAGUUAUCAGUAAUUCUCCCAGAGACAGGCGAAACCGUCCCCGUAAACAACACCGAGGUUACCAUCUCGGCUAUCGAGUCGGUCGACGGCCAUCCCGUGAGGCUUAUUGUAAUCCCCUGGAAGACGCCACCACCGAAUUCCCCGGAAUUACCCCAGACCCCAGAUCAGGAGCCACCUUCGCUACCAUUGAUCCCUUUCCCCGACGAUGGACAAGAGGCGGAGGGCGAGUACGCCGUGUACCCCAUCGGGUGGCGGCGGUUGCAAUUUAGAAUAGCAACUGCGAAUAAUGGAAGACGUAAAGAACUUCAGCAGCAUUUUGUACUUCACUUGAAAGUGGUGGGGACUCUAGCAAAUGGAUCGAAGGUCGUUCUCACAGAAUCCACGACGGCGCCUAUUGUGGUACGAGGACGAAGUCCACGAAAUUUCCAAGCACGGAAAGAAAUCCCUCUCUUGGGAUCCAGCGCCGGCUCGCGCGGACAGGCUCUGGUUGAGACGGGACUCGGCAUCGUCGCUGGCCCUCUGUCAGUGAAGCCCCAGGACCCAAAGCUUAGGGGGUUGAAUCUCGAACUACCGAGGACAGCGUUUACUUUCAACGCGUCGAAACUUCCAGGUAGCCCGAUGACCAUGAGAUCCAAUUCAUACCCCAGUUGGAAUCCUCCCAGCCAGUUGCCCCUGUCCGGAAUGCCAACCUCAGCUACAGCUAGUUAUCCGCCAGCGAGUAUACCAGCCGAUUCUUACCAGAAAAUGCCACUCUCGGGGACGUCGAGCUUCACGCAAGAGCCACAGGAGAUGCCCAUGCAGACAUCCAUGCCAUCAAUGCAACUAUCCUUAGCCGCGACGGAACAGCAACCGCCAGCAAUCCGAACGCAAUACGCGUACGUACAAGGGACAUCGGCUCCGCCGCAGCUUUCGGUAACGACGACCUCAAUGAGCAGUAGCUCAGAUCACGGCAACUUAAGUGUGCCACGAUAUGUAGACUCGAAUCCACGGCCGACUAAGAGCCCACGACAUGGGAGUCAUCAGUCCGUUCCGAGCACUAGCUCUAUGAGCAAUAGCAACGACACUUCCGAAUAUAGGUACGGACCUUCGGGUUAUGUGCCAGUUAACAACAAUUCCAACGAGUUGAAUUCAGCAUCCACAUACAGCGCCGAAAGCGCGAGCGGUGGUCCGGGUCCUGGCGCUCCUAGUGCCGGCGGCCCUCCUUCAUCGGCAGGCGGGCAUUCGCAACAAUCGCAGCAACCCCAAUCGCAACAACCACCACCCCGCGACUAUUACCCUCCUACGACGUCUUGGACGACCACGGCAGGCGAGCCUAGCAGCGCCACCGUUCACUCAUACCACAGCAGCGGCGGCGCAGGCAGCGAAAGCAGUAGGCCGUACGCAUACCCUGGGAAGAGCGAGCACCCGCCGCCCCAAGGCAGUUAUGCUUCGACUCUAAACCACUAUUCGUGGAGCCCGACGUAA